AUGACUCACAGAAGAUGUGGAGUUAUGGGACGAGACCUAUAUCAUUCGAAAGAGGAUGAAAUUUCAUUUUCAAAUAUAUGCUCAGUUUUUGCGGCGGCCUCCGCUAACUCGAGAAAUUUGGGUCAGAAGUUUUCAGUAGAUUUUCCCGAAGUUUUCAAGGUAAGAUUUUUGAAGUAUUUUCAAUAUCAAAUUGGAUUUUAA